UCCGGUUCCGAAAUUUCUCCAAGCGGCUUUUUCAUUCAUAAAGUGAAAACUAGCAAAAACUAGUUUCUAAGGCUUAAUUUUAGUUCCAAUUUCACCAUGCCAAGUAAGAAGAAGAAGUACAAUGCACGAUUUCCUCCGGCGAGAGUUAAGAAGAUCAUGCAGACAGAUGAGGAUGUUGGAAAAGUUGCAGCUGCUGUCCCUGUCAUCAUUUCCAGAGCAUUGGAGCUUUUCAUAGAAUCGUUGAUUAGGAAAACCAGUGAAACUACUCAGUCCAAGAAUGCCAAAACACUGACUGCAACACAUAUAAAACAAACAAUUCAUUCAGAAAGAAAAUUUGACUUUUUACGAGACCUCGUUGUCACGGUUCCUGACCAUCAAGCUGAGGAUGAAACAGAACCUUCCACCAACCAUAAGAGAAGUUACGCUCCGAGACAAAGAAAAGAAAAAGAUAAAAAUUCAAAACGAAGAAAGAAGAAGACCUCAUCGGAAAGUUCUGAAGCUGAAGAGGAAGAGGAUGAUGAGAGUACGGAGACUGAUGAGGAAUGUAACAAUGACCCCACACAUCUGUACGAGGCAUCAACAUCCAAGGUGACGCCCCAUCCCGCCGGUCUGCCGACAUCGCCUUCUCAGCCAAUGGCAUUGCCGAACCAGCUGGCGACUCCCUAUCCCUAUUUACCAGGCUAUGGUUCAAAUCACCAGAAUAUUGACUCAGACAUAGCACAACCCAUUAAUCUAUGCACAAAAGAAGAGCCAAACAAUUUGAAUACAAGUGAUCAAGGUCAAAGUGUGAGUAGAGAACAAGGACAAAGUUUCCCUCAUAUGCCCCCUAAUUUGUCCCCUGUGGGGACGUCUGUGAGGGAUCCCCCCUCUCUACCCCCCUCAGGACUUCACCCUUUUAAAGCUGUGCCGGGCACCUCUGCCAUGUUGGGUGCAACAGGGAAUUUAGCCUCCCUGGCUUCUUUCAUGCCUGCAGUCCCCGUUACACAGGAAGAUGAUGAUUACGAUACAUGAGGAAGUUUGUGAAUAGUGAUAGAAACGGUUCAGUGAAAACAUUCUCGACGCCAGGAAAAGACUGGUUGAUGUUUUCGUAAGUGAUGCUUUAUCAGGAAGAAGAAUUUCUACGUUCUAUGACUCAAGGAGACUGAUUUUUAAUGUUUCUGAAGAAAGAAAGAUCUUUGUGUGCUUAUAAGUGUUUAAUGUGUCGACAGAAAGAAUUUUUAUGCUUGUUAAAUUGAUUGUGUACCAAGAUAUAAGUGCUGUAUACCUGUGUAUGGGAAAUCAUGUAGAACUGGAAACCACAGUCCAUCCAGCAGUCAAUGUAAAACAUUGGUUAUCAGAUGUUAAAAUCAAAAGUAUCACUAACUAUACACUGACUUCAAUGUACAUUUUUUUUAAUUAGCAAACACUUGUGUUCUUGAAAACUUGAUACAGAGGGCGAAGUGGAAAUAUGGUGAACUUUUUUCGUAAUAGAGAAUGCAAUAACAGUUUGAUAAUACCAUUGCUAUGACUUUGUAGGAUAAAACACUGUUAUUUACUGAUAUUAUACGAUAUAUAUCUGUGUUAAGUUUUGAGGGAAACUCAUUGCAAAUUCAGAAAGUUUGAAUAAGGUUAAUCACACAGGAUUAUAUAUAACAGUUGAUACUUCUUUGGUGAAUUCAUACACUCCUCCAGAAUAGAUUGCUGAAGGAACAAUCGAUAAAAGGUAUUGACGAAAAUUGAUUGAUUUACAUGAAAAUGUAUGCAUAUAUUGUGGUUUUUACAGGAACAAACAUCUUAUUUACUCCUCUACUUACACACGGGCAUAUCUCAUGUGUCGACCCAUUAGGUUUUCACGGUAGCCAUAAGAAGAGCUUUCUACAUCUUGCUGGAUUUUAAUAGAGAGUAUUAUUGUAUACAUAUACAUAGGUCUUUUAUAGAUAUCCGAUAGGUAUUGUAUGCAAUAUAAUGGUGAUUUUGAGACACAACUGAUAAAGAAUAGAUAUAUGUAUGUUGUGACUGUUGUUAUCUGUUAAGUUUGAUGGAGAUCAACAUUUAAACAAGUGUGUAGCCUGUAUUGUGUUAUAGAUAAUUGAAGUCACUUAUGAGCAAAUAUUGUACACUUCAAAUAUUAAAAUUUUAAUUAGAAACUUGUAUUAAGAGAGAAUUCCCUUUAAAAACCAUUUAAUACAAUUAUAUUAUUGUUGUGUGGAUAUAUAGAGUGUAGUUCAAUAUAAAACCAUUUGAUAUGCCACCUUGCUUAUCAUCAACACAUCUCAAGGAUUCCUUGUUCUCCUUUAAUUUCGUAAUAAUUCAUCAAUAAACCUCCUCAUUGGAUCGUAAAACCUACUUUUCACUGGAAAAAUGUCGGCAGCUUUAGUGUAACAAGGUUUUACUGCACGUUUCAAAUUCUGUUUUAGCUUACUAUUCAUAAUACAGUAUAACCUCAUUAUACUGCCGCUGUUUGUCCAGAGAAAUUUUGGCAUUAUAAAGGGGAAAGAGAAUUGUAAUAAAAGGGACAAUGGAAAACGAUCAAACAAAACAAGGGGCAUUAUAUCAAGGUUUAACUGUAGAUAUUAACACUUGGGGCAAACUUGAUUCUGAUGUGCUGCUCGUGCCGGGUUUGCGCUACAUUCAAGCGAGGAGGCAUACACACAAUAUGGCCAACUCAAGUGACAUUGUGUAUCCUUUUGCCUGUCUCUCCAGUCGGGCGAAACUUCUUAGCCAACAGCACAUGCUCAACUUGUGUGACUUAAGGGACAUAAUCAAGUGGUAGUGCCGCCUUCCCGGUGGCAACUGGCAAUACUGUAACAUCAGAAUCAAGUUUGUCCUGUAUAACAUCGUUUUCCCGUUUUGGAACUCUUUUUGAUACGAGGUGCAUUAUAACAAAGGUAACAUAUCUGCUUAAGUGUAUCCACAGCCGUAUAAUCAAAUAGAAUGAAAGUGCUUCUGGAUGUAAUCAUCCUGAACUAUCAAAGUGUACCGUCGCCCCAGACUCCUUUGUAAUAUACAGAAACCUUGAGAUCCUCAUGGUCAUGUUUCAGAAUGUUAGAGUAUAGUGAAUACUCAGGUUUAUGAUUACCUGGUUGUUAUGGUCACAGUAAUUACCGUUGGGUAUUUGAUGCGAGUUAGGGCUAUACUGAUCACAGAUCUGUUUCUGUGUUGGUAGAUUGUUACCAAAGUGUACUGUGUUUGUAUCUGAUCUCCAUCUCAAUAAAACACUGUAUAUUUUUUGA